UAUGCUGUUAGAAAGACGAUUGCCCAAGGUUUGCUGGAUUUCGCCUUAUUGAUGGCCAAUGCAUCUCAACUAAAAGCUUUGUUAGAUGUUAGACCAGAAAAUCGUGACAUGUUGUUUAUACCCAUGCUGGUUUUAAUCGCACUGUCGGUGUUUAUGCAAGUUACAGUCGGAGUAUUGUUAUUACUGCUUGGAUCUCGAGAAGCCAAAACUGAAGAAGACAUGUCUAAAAGAAAUGCCAUGAAUAAUGGAGUAACUGGUCUCAUUUUAUUCAUAACUGUAGUCAAUGUGUUUAUUUCGGCGUUUGGGAUCAAAUUUUCGGACGAUGGAGCUCAUGGUGUUCCUUGA